AUCUAGCCUUGGCCAACUUAAUGUAGCAUAUAGCAUGUGCAUGUGACAUUUUUAUCUACGGGAAAUAACCAGCUCAGCUGCAUGAAUUAAACAAACAUAAUCUAAACACAAUAAAACAAAUAACAAAUAAGAAUACAGAAAUAAAUGCAAAAUUAAUCACCAAAACCUCACUCCACUACACUGAGUUCUUCUUCUUCAAGAACAAGAAGAACAAACCCAGAAACAAAAAUGGGUACCUCUACCACCACCUUCUUCACUCUCACACCACCAAAACCAACAAUCACAUUCCUCUCUUCAACUUCCACUAAAUCCAACUUUCUCAUCCCUUCCAAUCUCAAUUUCAACUUCUCUUUCUCCAUAACCCAUUCCUCCACACUCAACAACACCCCACCCAUUCUCAAAUCAUCCUUCUCCGACGACACAACCACCUCCAUCACCACCACCUCCCCCUCUCACCGCAACCUCAAAUCCCGUCUCCGCUCCGGCGAAACCCUCUACGGCCUCUUCCUCCUCACCUUCUCCCCAACUCUAGCCGAAAUCGCUGGUCUCUCCGGCUACGACUUCGUCGUCAUCGACAUGGAACACGGCCACGGCGGCAUCUCCGAAACUCUCCCGUGUCUCCACGCGCUCGCAGCUUCGGGAACACCAGCCAUCCUCCGCGUCCCCGAAACCACAUCAGCCUGGGCCAAAAAAGCCCUAGAUCUAGGCCCACAAGGAAUCAUGUUCCCUAUGAUAGAGUCCGGUAAUUCCGCAUCAGAAGCCGUUUCUUAUUGCCGUUUCCCACCAUCUGGGCUUCGUGGAUCGGCCCAUCCAAUAGUUCGGGCUUCCAAAUACGGAUUCGACGAAGGUUACUUAAAUAACUACCUCGACGAGCUUUUAAUAAUGUGCCAGGUGGAAUCCGAACAAGGAGUGAAAAAUAUCGACGAGAUCGUAGCCGUUGAUGGUGUUGACUGUAUCCAAAUCGGACCGUUGGAUCUUAGCGCUAGUAUGGGGUAUUUGUGGGACCCGGGGAAUAAGAAUGUUAGGGAGACGUUGAGGGAAGCGGAGAGGAAGGUUUUGAAGAGGAAGAGUGAAAACGACGACGUUUUUCUUGCGGGUUUUGCGAUGCCGUUUGAUGGUCCACAUGAUCUUAGGUCACGUGGUUAUCACAUGGUGUCCGGUGCUUCUGACGUUGGUUUGUUUAGGAAUUGUGUUGUUGAUGAUGUUUUCAGGUUCAAGACGAGUUUGGUUGAGGAUGGUUCGGAUAGUGAAAGGGAAAGAGUUGGUAAAGAUGGUGAUGAGAAGUAUUGGAGUGAAUGAAUCACUGAUUCUAUAGGAAAAGGCGGAAGAAUAGUUCAGCAUGUGUUAUGCUCCAUAUCGUAGAUUCUAUUUUCUUUGUAUUUUGAUUCAGUGAUGUAGUGUUGUUAGUUAUGAAUUAUCAUAUGCUGUUAUCUUCACUGAUAAUAACUGUUUUUGAUAUGUUAAAAGGUAGAUGUUUCAAAUUGCCGUUGUAGUUGUGUUAUUUGAUAUUACAGAUAAUUGAGGUCAAAUGAUGCCAUGUAAAUGCGGAAGCAUCAAUGUUUUCAAUGUUGCUGUAGAGAUUGUGGUUUAAAUAUUUUGGUUAUAUAGUUUAUAGUUACAUGCA